UCGUUUCAUUUCUGCUCUCACGCUGGCAGUGUGUUGAAACUUGUGAUCUGUGAACAUUUGAUAUAUUUUUCUGAAGGUUGAACAAGAAAUUUGUGAAAAUGGCUGCUGCUGUUUUGCUUCGUCGUGCUAUCACCCAAAAAAUCAUGUCCAGAAAUUAUUCCGCUCACAUGGAUCCGAAGCAAGCCAUGGCUGCUUAUAAAAUGUGGAAAAAUUUAACUUACUAUGUUGUACCUGUUGUACUUGGACUUGCUGGAGCUAGUGUAUAUAUCAAUACUGAAGAACCUGAACGUCCAGAGUUCAUUCCGUAUGAACACUUGAGAAUUCGUUCUAAGAGAUUUCCCUGGGGUGAUGGAAAUAGAACUUUCUUCCAUAAUCCACAUGUUAACGCCUUACCCAAUGGAUAUGAAGAUCAUUAAGUAAUACUGUUUAUGAAUUAAUACAGCAAUGUCAUAUUAUAUGUUACUAUGAAUUGAUGCAAAUUGCUAAGCUUUGUUAAUAGGAAAAAUAUAAAUAUUGAAAUUGAAAUUAA